GUCCUUCAUUUCUCUUUUUUUUGGGGGGAGGGGGGGGGGGGGAGGGAAAGCAGGGUGAAGGCACAAAGUUUACCCGAUGGCGCUGGUGAUGGAGCCGGUCAGCAAGUGGACGGCGAGCCAGGUGGUGGACUGGAUGAAAGGCUUGGACGACUGCCUGCAGCAGUACGUGUGUGUGUUUGAGCGCGGUGGCGUGUGCGGCGAGAGGCUGCUGCGAAUCAGCCACGCCGAGCUGGAGGACCUGGGUGUGUCCCGCAUCGGACACCAGGAGCUCAUACUGGAGGCCGUCGACCUGCUCUGUGCACUGAAUUCCGGCCUGGAGACGGAGAGCGUCAGAACGCUGGCCCACAAGCUGGGCGCCUCGGCCAAAAACCUGCAGAACUUCAUUUCGGGUCGGCGUCGCAGCAGCCAAUCAGAGAGCAGGACGUCACGGCGGCUCCCUAACGACCUGCUUACCUCCGUGGUCGACCUCAUCACUGCUGCCAAGAGCCUGCUAGCGUGGCUCGACAGGUCUCCUUUCGCUGCGGUGGCAGACUACUCAGUAACCCGAAAUAAUGUCAUCCAGCUCUGCCUGGAGCUCACCACCAUUGUGCAGCAGGACUGUACGGUGUUUGAGACGGAGAAUAAAAUCUUGCAUGUGUGCAAGACUCUGUCCGGGGUGUGCGAGCACAUCGUGUGCGUGUCGUCGGAUCCGCUGGUGUCUCAGUCGACCCACCUGGAGCUGGUCCACCUCACCAACGUCAAAGCCUCCGACGGCCUGGGAAUGUACAUCAAGUCGACCUACGACGGUCUUCAUGUGAUCACGGGGACGACGGAGGGGUCUCCGGCCGACCGCUGUAAGAAGAUCCACGCGGGAGAUGAAGUCAUUCAAGUCAAUCACCAGACUGUGGUGGGCUGGCAGCUCCGCAACCUGGUGGGCUCUCUGCGGGCCGACAAGGGCGUGGUGUCCCUGACGCUGAAGAAGCGCCCACAGAGCACGCUCAGCUCGGCCCCGGCACUGCUCAAGAACAUGCGCUGGAAGCCGCUGGCCCUGCAGCCAACCAGAAGCCCGGGCAGCAGCUCGGCCACACCAUUGGGCACCCCCACCAAGACCUCCGCCCUCCAGGACCUUUACAUUCCACCUCCACCCAUGGAGCCAUACACGCCCAGAGACGAGACAGUCACCUUUUCCGGAGACGAGGCGUCUCGCGGCCACAGCGGCGUGACCAAGAGAUCAGAUUCGCCGAACUCCUUCCUGGAUCAAGAAUCCCGGCGGCGAGAAGAGGACGAGCCGGUUUACUGCACCACCCCAACAUAUGGCAGGCUCAGGCCCAUCUCCAUGCCUGUGGAGUGCAACUGGGGGGGCGACUACGAAGACCCCGCCAAGCUUCACCGUGAAAGCCGCAGAGAGACGUCGUUGAUGCGUUACGUGGGCCUGACGGGCGGCGGCGGCGGAGCGGAAGAGCGGGCCGUCUCCGACGACUACACCUCCCACACGGCACGCCCGGGCAAGCGGACCAACGAAACGGCCAAACGCACUAAAAGGCGGAGCCACCACAGCCAGAGCCCAUCCCACUACAUCCUCCAAGCCAAUCAGAGAGAGUCGCCACCCAGGGACCCCGCCUCCAUUUACCACACGUAUCAACAGCCCUCCUCGCUGCAGACAAAGACCCGCAAGAAGAAUAAAGGGCGAAGUUUGGCCGGCCUGAGUCGCCGGCGUGUUUCCUGCAAGGCGCUGGGCCGUGGCGACUGCGAGGGCUGGUUGUGGCGCAAGAGAGAUGCCAAGGGUUACUUUUCUCAUAAAUGGAAGAAGUACUGGUUUGUUCUGAAGGACAACUGCCUGUACUGGUACAUCAACGAAGAGGAUGAGAAAGCGGAGGGCUUUGUCAGUCUUCCAGAAUUUAAAAUCGAUCGUGCCAGUGAAUGCCGAAAGAAGUAUGCAUUCAAAGCCUGCCACCCCAAGGUCAAGAGCUUCUUCUUUGCAGCCGAUGGCGUGGACGACAUGAACAGAUGGCUGAGUCGACUCAACAUGGCUGCUGUGGGCUACGCAGAGCGAGAAAGGCUUCGCCAAGAGCAGGAUUACUGGAGCGAGAGCGAGCACGAGGAUGACGCCACCUCCAGCCCCAAACAGGACAGCCCCCCGCCUCCAUACGAUACCUACCCGCGGCCCCCGUCGAUGAGCGCUUACUUGGAAGGCCGGACGACGCGACUGUCUUCCACCGAGACGUCCCGUUCCCGCUCGUCCCAGGAGGACUUCCUUUGCGGCGAGUCUUCCGCCGCGGCAGCCGAGCCGCAGUACCACCCCGGCCCUUUGGGGGGUGGCACCAUUCACAGCGGCAGGAGGCUGGGUGGCAGCAACAGCAGCGACGUGCCGUACAGAUGUGACCCUGUGGAGUACCGCUCCAGUCCCGCAGGAGGAAGCAGCGAGACCGGCUCCCCUGGCCGGUCGUCCUCGUCUCAGAGACGCUCCUGGCAGGACUUGAUCGAGACGCCGCUGACGGAAGCCGGACUGCACUACCUUCAGACGGGACCGCUCGAGGACGCCGUCUUCGCCGAGCCGAGUCCGGCCGUCUCGACGCCGAUGUCGGCAGGGGCCGUUUACACGCUCCCCGCGCCGAGGAAUGUACCGUUGCCCGUGGCGAUGCAGAGGCUGAUUCCUAUGGCAACGCAAGGAGGGAAACCCCGCAGCUUCACGCUGCCGCGUGACGGCAACCUACACAUGCUGCUGGCGCCGCCCGCCAGGGAGGAGCAGCACACACACAGCAGUGGCAGCGAGGGAGCGUCACUGGGCGACCUGUUCCGCGCAUGCGAGCAGAGCGGCGUGUGUCCGCUCGGCCGGGCGUCCGAGGCCAAAGGUCAGUCCGAGUUCAGGCAGUCCUUCCUGCGGCGGACUGCCGACCCGCAGCUCAACGACCGUCUGCACCGUCUCCGCAUCCUGAGCUCCACGGUGAAGGACAGAGAGGGGGAGCUAGCGCUGAUUGACAGGUUGUUGGCCCACCCCCAGCUGUCGUCCGCAGAGUUCCAGGAGUGGAAGCGAGCUUAUCAGGAGCUCUUCUCGCAGAUGCCAAACGAGGCCGACGAGCCCGAACCCGAACCCGAACCAGAGCCCGAGCCAGGGCCACCCUUGACCCCCUCGCUCUCCCACACGCACUCUUAUAUUGAGACACACGUCUGAUGCACACGCACGCAAAAGUGAGGUCAUCCAGCAGAAGAAUGGCCGUCACGGAGCGUUUGCUUAGCAGGAAAGUGAUGUCGUGAGGCUGCCAGCUGGCCCUGAGAUGAGUGACAGACCUGAAUGUCAUCGUUUCUGCACAAGUUGAAAAGAGGAACAACUCACCUUUUAGAGUCGUGUAUCAUUUGUUCUUUUCAUAUUAAAUUUUAUAGGUCCCAUAGUUUGGCUAUUUAGACUUCCAUAGAGUGACUCUCUAAUAUGGACAUAAAAGUGUCCAUUUCGUUUAAAAAAAAACAUCUUCUUUUUGUCAUACGAGUAUCCAGAAAAAACAGCUUUUCUGACAGCUACUUUUCUUUGACCCAGUUUUGUAUCAGGUUUGUCCAUAUUUGGCUAAGACCGCCCCCUUUCCAUGAUUGGUUGUGAGAGCACACGUGUUUGUUACGCCGACAGCGCUGGCUCGGGAGCGGAGAGGUAGGCGGAGAUCUUCGCUAGUGACAAAUAAGCUCGAGAAAUUCCAUUGAGCUGAUUUCAGGCCUCUCGGCAGAAAAACAUCUGUAACUCAGGAAUGUGUGGACCAUUUUAAUUCUCAUUUCACAUGUUUACUGAGGCAAUGAGGCCAUAGAGACAAUGUAACAUCCCAAACACUAGAAAAAGUCAGUUAGGUCAAAUAUGGCCCCUUUAAAACCCUCCAAGUAUUCGUAAUUUGUGAAUUCACCUAUUCUCUGAUGUUUUUGUUCUUCAACCUAUCCUCCAUUAUUUAGUGAAAAACUCACCUGUUCACUCUUAUUUUGCUUAGGCCAAAGCCGUGUCUACUAUGGCAUCUUGGUGCCAAGGAACUGCAGCUCUGGGGGAAAAAAAAGACCCCCAAAACACUGGAGCUUUUUUUGAUAUUUUGACCAUUUUUUAUUUAAUGCAAAUGAAUGCUUUCAAUAACAGUAUUUGUAUUUGGAAUUUAUAUGUCAGUAGUUUAUAGACUACCAAAAAAAUUGUCAAUUUACUCAGACGUAAAGAGUAAAAUCUGAGAAACUGAUCAUUUUGCAUUAAUUUUUUUUCCAGAACAUGAUGUUGAAGUGAGGAGAGGAACUUCAUUUAGACAGGUGACAGACCUAUCUAAUGGGAAAGUAGUGCUUUGCCGCCACCUUGUUCCACUUAUAGGCAUUUCUAAACUGUUUUGGGGCUGCAUGAAUUACUUGCACGAUUUAAAUAAUGAAAAUGAUUUUUCAAAUUUCAAUUUUAAGCUCGGAUCAAAAAUACAACAUAAAAAAACGGGCCACACAAUUGAAUUUGAUUUGAAUAUUUAAUGGGUUGGUUUUACACAGUGCCUGCCAAUAGACUUUCCAGAUCCUAAGCAGAAUUGGAUUUGGGGCCUGUUUAUGUGUUGAAUGUGUUAAAAAGUCCUCGAGAUUUGUUGGGGUCCAAACAAAUAAAAUAAUUAGUCGCUUUUGAUUUUUGCUUGUCAAUUGCAAAUGGAAAGAAUGAAUGAUACACAGAUUUUUUGAAAGUUUUUAUAGCUGGUGUUUUCUUCAUUCAAGGUGUAGAAACUUCAGAGGGAGUGGUUUACGCUGUACAGGGUGUCCUUUAAGUCUGGACACUAAAUGCAUCUUUUCAACAACAUUUGACUCACUUGUAAUAUGAACAAAGAAACACCUUCAGUAGCUGUGCAACAUUUGUGAUGCAAAGUUUGGUUGCGCUGUGCAAGAGCCACGCCAACCCGAUGCAAUAGCUCCACAUUGUCAUCCAUUUAAAGACAUUUGCUCUACACGUCCAAUCGAGUGAGACGCAGCAGUGAUUUUCAUUGAGUGCACCUUUUCCUUUAGUAUACACUCCAGAAAAAGAAGACAAUAUUUACAUAUUGUGGAGCUAUAUAGUUAAUUGUUUUUCCUUUUAGUCCAGACUUUAGGGACACCCUGUAGAAUCUUUACACAUAGUAAACAGUGACAUUGUGUACUAUUAAUUGCAAAGGAGAGUGUAUCCUACUUAUUUUUCCUGGAUGAAUGUCUUAGCCGUCCUUUGUAUAUGUAUAAAUAGCAUCAAUGUUAUGUAAUGAAAAAUUCAAUUGUACUCUCACCAGGCAGAACAUUAGGCACACCUACACAAUCU